AUGGACUUCUCCAUCGGCAUCAUGCUCUUCCUGACCUUCAGCUGCAUCUCUUCCCGAAAAACUCAAUCCAUCAUCUCAGUGAAGAAUGGAUCACCUUGGGGGAAAUGGGCUGAACCAGAGUACUGUCGUAAAGGUUAUGCUUUCGCGUUCCAGUUGAAGGUACAUUCUUACCAAGGUCCUCAAGCGUGGCAGGAUGAUACAGGCCUGAAUGGCAUCCGUCUGUACUGUACUGAUGGCACAAUCAUUGAAUCUCAAGUUGGAAAGUGGGGAACUUGGACAGAGAUUGAUAGGUGCCCCAAAGGCAAACUGCUGCAGCAAUUCUCUCUGCAGGUAGAUAGACCCCGAGGGAUCAUUGACGAUACAGCAGCCAACAAUAUCCGCUUCAGAUGUCAAUUUGGAGUUGUUCUGUUCGGUCGUGGACACGACUGGGGGAAGUUUGGGGGCUGGAGUAAGAGCUGUGCCCCUGGCUUCAUAUGUGGGAUAAUAACUAAGAUGGAUAUUGACCGAGGUAUUGGUGAUGACACAGCUCUUAAUGAUGUGAAGUUCUACUGCUGUGACUGA